GCCCUGGUCCCUACCGAAAAUGCACCAUCCCCAUGGCGUGUAAGUUGGCGGGCGACGAUGGGCCGCCUUGGACAAAAAGACGGCCGAAUUAUAUGCUCCCAAGAGAGGAUUCCCGACUUCUCCUCUCUGCAUCUUGCUUCUUCCUCGAGUUUGCUCUCCUUCCAAGAAAGAAGAAAGAAGCCGUGCUUGCAAAAGCCUAACCUCUUCUGGUUGCAUCAUCACCCGCACUUCCACUUACACAGCGCAGCCCUGCAAGCCUGCUGCCAUACACUCCAAUUAUACCCAACCACACAGUCUUGCAAGGCUUCACGCAGCAAGAGGCACGCAAAGGGUCCACUGCAUUUUACCCAGACCCAUGACCGCGGCAUCUAUACCGUCGUCAACAUGAGCACUGCAAGGGACCUCUCCCGAAUUCGCACUCCCAGGUCCCGUGGCCCUUCCUCCUCCCCAGAGCUCGACGACGAGCUCUACUCGGAGUACUUUGACUGGCAAAAGUACUACCAGAUUGACGAUCAGUUGCCUGGUAUCAUCCACGACAUCCCCUCCAUCAUUGAAUCCCUCCACAUUGACAGCUCUGCCCGCCAUUUCGAAAUGGCUGGAGCCUACCCGUCCCCCUAUGAUUCCACCACCCAUUCCCCCCGGGACUCUCCUCCAGAGCUAGACCAUGCUGAGAGUACGUCCCCUUCAGAGAACUCAUUCUAUGAGCGUCAUCCUGAAGAACCCUAUCACCCUUCGGCCGCUUCUUUGAAGCAGGUCCAGGCUGGUGAUGACCACUGGACAGUGACGGCUCACAAGCAUCCCGUGUCGUUCCAAUACCCCCGGGAAAUUCAAGUCUCACAAAAUGCGGUCUUGGAUAACUCCACAACGACCGCCAAUUAUGGCCGGCUAGAGAAAGAAAGCUCUAAUAAGAGACAACGACAUCUUGCAGACCCCGAGGAGACGGCCUACGUUCGAAAGAGCGGGGCGUGUGUCCCAUGUCGGGUCAAGAAGCUCAAGUGCCAGCACUACGGCGUUUGUCCUACAUGCCGCAAGGACUUCCCCGACCACCCUCACAUCGUGUGCAUCCGUGAGACCCCCUUGAGGGCGUGGCCCAUUUUGGGCAAGGCUGCUGACGUCUGGAGCAAGUCUGCCAUUGAAGAGUUCCACCAUCUUCGGGAGCCCAAGUUCUACGCUGGCACCCCAAGAGAGAUUGAGGUAUACUUUACCAAAGACAUUAAGAACGCUGUCGGACUUGCCGUCACCGUCCAAGCAUACCGCACGUCACUUGAUGGAGCCACCACCAAAACUGCGGCGUUCCCCCGCGACUUGGCCCCAAGCGCGCAACAGCUGCAAGCCUGGGCCGAGGCGCAGAUUAGGCAGGAAUACCGUGAAAAUUUUCAGACGGCCAUUCCCAACUUUCUCAUGGCUUAUGCCCACGACGGUCAUGGGCUAGAAAAGCAUAGUUUUGUGGUCAAGGUUCAUCAGAUGUAUUGUUUCUUCAGAAUUUGGAAGACAGCAUCAUUCUGGUGCCGAGAUCCCUCUAAAAACAUUGUUAGCUUGCCCACUUCGGUUCGUGCCCGGCUCCGGGACCACUGCAAGAACCUGCUCAAGGGGUUGGAGUACGAUGUGCUCAAGGAGAUGGAUGAUAUUUUGGCCCGCCAGGGAACCCCAAAGGAUACCCAAAGACUCGCGCUGUCAGCAAGUAUGUGGCAGCUCAUUCUGAUGCACCGUGAGCUCUUGCUUGCUUUCCCCGGCCACAUUGCCGACAUGGAAAAAUCCAAGGCGAGCGAUGCUACUUAUGUGGCGAAUCUCAAGGGGAAUUACAGAUGGCUUGGGGACACCGCAUUCCCUCUCAUCACCACAUUCUAUCACUACCAAUUCAGAAUGAAGAAGAACCUGAGCCCCCCUGAUGACUGGCUCAAGAGCUCUGGCUACCCUGAACGGGCCCGCAAGAGCAAAGCUCUACGCCAGUUGACAAACGCGAUUCUCGAUUCACGCAAGGCGUUUUAUGCAAAAGUGCAAUCCUCAAAGCAUGACAUCGAUCGCCUUUUGAAUAUGGUAGUGGUUAACCACGAGUUGAAGAAGCUGAAUGCUCGUUCACGGCGCCCUAAAUCGGGCAGCAAGUCACGCGACGACGACGACGAUGACUAUUGAUGCACAUAAUGUUUGAUGAUUGAUGAGAAUGACAUGCAAGUUUUGGUCUAUUUCGGCAUAUUUGAAUUUACAUACAUAACAGCAAUUAAGUCUAUUUUCUAUUUUAAGUUUACGGGAGAUGAUAUACUUGUGUAAACACCUUCUUGGGAGCGCCAGCCUCCUUAUUCUUUUUAAAGCUGUCCUUUACCGAGGCGCCAAUGUCUUCAAAGGUGAGGCCGCGCUCGUAUUUGUGCGAGAUACCGAGAUCCAGCGAGACAUUUUUCGUCUCGUCCUUGGUGACAAAUGUGCCUUCGAAUUUGAUAGCCUUGACCAAAUCUUCCGCUGAAGCAGGUAGGCAAGGCACCACCUCUGCGAGGACCCGGGCCAUGGCAGCCAGGUAGCGAGCCCAAAAGGCUGCCUGGGGGUGUUGUCGCCGCAGGACGCCCUCCAGGCCGGUGAGAACGGCAUAAUCGGGAGCGGUGAGCUUGCCCUUUGCGCACAAGCAAAGCGUGACGCCCAGCGCAGCACGUGCAACGUGUGUCAAUCCGGGACAGUCCGAAUCACGCUGAACAGCAUCAUGCAGAGCAUACGCUGCAUUCGUAUCGGCACCGUAUCCGCGCCGGCUCCAAAGCUGCUUGAGGAAUAGGUAUCCCACGCCGGGAGUAAGAAUGGUGGCAAUCUCUGACAGAGGUACGUCCUCUGGGACAGACUUUCGGAGGAUACCCAACGCCGCAUCGUAGAUGGGCUUCUCGGCAUCGGAAAUAUUGGCUAGGACCUCUAGCGGAUUGCUCUCGCGGACAUCCUUAUCCAUAAGCAUCAUAAGUGCGCCAUCUCGGUUCGAUCCGCCGCAAAAGGUCACAUUGCCAAUGUUGGGCACCGCUUGGAUGAAGGCCUCGAUAACAUGCAAGAUAGCAGGGAACUGCUGUCUGCGCCGUCUUGACAUGCCGUAGAUCUUGCCGUCUACGGAAAUGUUCAACGUCUUCAUCUUUGCUGUUUGCUUAAACUGCUCGCCAGUGGCUGUGUAUGUGCUGACGGAAGAGAUGGGGUACGGUGAGAUGCUGUCGCUGUACAUGAGCAUACUUCCAUAACCGCGGAAGCCACCACCGCACAUGUAGACGUCGAUGGGGGCUUUUUCGCCGCGCUCGUGAGCGACCUUGAGGGCAUUGAGGGCCGGGAACUGCGAGCACAGGACCCCGUAGACCGUCUUCAUGCCGCUUUGCAGCGUGCUGAUUUCCACCUGGCGCUUUUCAACAGGCUGCUCGGUGAGGAUGCGCAUAAGCUUUGCGGCGCCGUACGGCAUGCUCGAUCCGGCCGUCGCAGCCUUGAUCUCAUACUCUUUCGCGCUUGUGUCUACCCAUGUCAUUUGCACACUGCCGCCGCCGAGAUCCAGGAACAAGGCUCCCUUGGGAACUCCCACAACACCGCUUCUGGAACCCAUGACGGCGCCAAAGAGCGUCUCAACACUGGGUUCGAGAAUCUGUACACCAAGGCCAUCAGUAGCCUUGCUGAUAGCGGCCAACAUAUCGCCGGCGUUGUCUGCGCGUCUCAUAGCCUCCGUCGCAAAGACAAACAUGUGUUCGGGGGCGACAUUGUGGGCAACAGCGAGACGGUGGAAGCCAGCAAGAGCUUCGGCGA